GCGGGAUAUAUCUCCCUGCCAAAUCGAAUAUUUUGGGUCCCCCCCAAAAUGUACCGUCAUGAGAGCAGCUGAUCGCUCUCCCCACCCUCCCAUUUCCAUCACAAUCCCAUCCCUCCAUCCCCUCCUACCGGUGCCAUGCCACCCCGUCCCUCCAAAAAACCACCCCGUCGUCCUAAACUUCCUUCUCGUCCACCCACUCCCCCUCCUUUUCCCUCUACCACUGGCUCUCAACCGUCUACUUCCUCUUCAAAUUUGGUUGCAGCAGCUUCCCACAGUAGUAUGCACAUCAAUAAUAUCCCUAUGUCCGGAUUACAUCUUCAAUCCGAUGAACCAUUCCGGGCUCCCCAUUUACCGCCAAUCUCACAGAUGGAUUGGGCCCCCAGCAAGACUCUUCCCCCGCUUAACGUUGCAGGUAGGGGAAGUUUCUAUACCAGCUCGCACGGUUCUUACCCGGCAGCUUGGUCCCCCACCCCAAGCCCGACCAGUCAGCCACCGACGUUACCACUCAGUGGCACUCCAGUUCCAACCUCCACUCAACCUGAUCCAGCUUUGGAUCCAGCUGAAUCCGACAAAUCUGUGGAGACUACCCGACCCAAGACUCUUCAUUGGACGGGUGCAAUGGAGAAACUUGCUCUUCAGCUCUACUCUGAUGCUGUCUUGGAUGGAAAACGAUCGGAUGGGGGUUUCAAAUCUGAAGUACAUAACUUCGUGGUAACUAAGCUGAACGAACAGUUUCCUGGGUACGACUUCACCCCUGCCAAAUGUAAAUCAAAGCUCAGCCAGUCGUUCAAGAAAGAAUAUGAAGCUUUUAACACCUGUCGCCACACAAGUGGUUUUGGAUGGGAUGAUGUUCGAUGCGAGGUCACGGCUUCAAACGAAGUGUGGGAGAGCUUCCUGAAAUCUCACCCGCAAGCACGACGGUUCCGCAACCAGCCAUUCCCAGAAUGGGAACAACUCAACAUCAUCUUCGGUUCAACUGCAAAAGGAGACCUCGCGAAGACUCUGACCCAGCGUGCAAGGGAAGGCGGUGGCCGAGACCCGGCUAAUAACGACAGCUCAAGCUCAGACGAUGACAAUGCAGAGGACAAAGAUCGCCGUAAGCCUCCUGCACGAAAACGGAUUCGCCAAACCACCGGAGCCGCAUUUAGCAGUGCCAUCCACGAUCUCAUCGACGCUUUUGCCCCAAAGGAAUCAAGCCCUCGAACCAAUGCUGUAGAAGACCAGUCGCCCGAGGGUCAUCAAAAGCCCAAGCAUCAAACCGACGAUGAGGCCGUGACUGACGCGGUUGCCUUGUUUCAAACGACAAUGGCCCCUCAGCUUGCGUGGUCAGAUGUAGUCAUCGGCUUUAGUGUCCUCGAAAAACCAUCCAAGGCACGAAUGUACCUCCGACUUGAGGCCCAAUACAAGGACCAAUGGCUCUCGUACGAAAUCAAGAAAGAAGGCCCAAUGAUCUGACUGAUGAAAAUCUUAGUCUUACCACAGUUUCUCUAGUGCUUAUCUAGUCUUACCUAAACAUCGAUCACAAUCACUGAUCCCUUAGCUUAUUUAGUUAUGCCCCACCUAAACACUGAAACAUGACCGAGACUGUUCCCUUGAUGUAUCCAAUUUUUAUUAUACCUAUGAAAAUUGAUCGCUUGCUUGUGCCUCACACUUAUGUCUAUAUCCUGCCGUGGUUCCAACACAGUCAAGAAGACUGCUGAUAUGUACAUCAAGCAUGUACCUGUUUUAUGAUUCAAUCUCCCUUAUCGUUCCCAACAGUUUGGGUCUAUUCUACUCAGACACGGCUAUGUAAUGCAUUACCCACAUGUGCUCGAUUUAUAUCGCAACAUCUUUGGC